AUGGCUUCCCUGAGGAACAUCUUUCUGGUAAGCUUGUCAUGCCUUCUCGGUUUGACUGCUGCGUGGUAUAAUCCGAUUCGCAACCCUGGUGGCAGUGAUCCCUUUCUUGUCUAUACUGGUGGAUAUUACUACCUCUUGAGUACAACGUGGACCGAUGUUGAGAUUGCACGAGCAACGACUAUAGCUGGCUUGGAGACUGCGACCAAAAAGUCCGUCUAUUCAACGUCAACAGCAUCGCGAUGCUGUAAUGUUUGGUCUCCAGAGGUCCACUAUUUGGGUGACACAUGGUAUAUUUACUAUACCGCUGGGGAAACAACCGAUCUAGAUGGACAGCGGCUCCAUGUCCUGACAGGUGGCUCCACCCCUUGGGACGAUUUUACGUAUACCGGUCAACUCACCACUGAGUGGUCCAUUGACGCGUCGGUGCUGCGGUUCACAGAUUAUGGAAAUUUCAUGAUGUUUUCGUGCUUCCACGAUGUGACAUAUCAAUCGAUCUGCAUUCAACAGCUAGGAUCCGACUAUGUCUCGUUAACGGGUGAUAUUUAUGUCAUCUCCCAGCCUACCGAGUCAUGGGAAACAAGCGGCACGCCCGUAAACGAAGCACCUUCGGCCCUUUACUUCGGAGGCACAACCUACAUCUCGUACUCCGCCUCAUACUGUUGGACGGCAGACUAUUGCCUCGGGCUUUUGACAUGGGACGGCUCUACGGAUCCUACCGAUGCUAGUGCUUGGUCCAAGAGCAGUGACUGUGUUUUCUCCUCGGCAAAUGGAAACUAUGGGACCGGUAGCAAUGGUUUCUUCCAAAGCCCAGAUGCAAGCCAAACAUGGAUUGUUUAUCAUGCCACGGAAUACAGCUCAGGCGCUUGCAAUGACAGUAGGUAUACAAUGGUUCAGUUAUUGGGAACUCACACGGAUGGAAGUCCAAAUUUCGGCAGCCCUGUGGCUUGGACUCAUGCUUACAGUGAGCCUAGUGGAGAGUAA